UGUGAGAUAACACACAUCACAGUGUCUGAUGUGACGGCAAUCAGGAACUGGUGGAGAGUCUCUGCACCAUUUGUGGGGGAUCGCGAUCAGUCGGUGGCAAACUAUCACGGCUAAAUGUCCACAAAAGUGCGCACUCUUCAACGUCUCAAAAAUUAAAUUCUUUCAAGUGGUUGUGAUUUUUCUUUGGGAUUAAUAAGUGAAAAGCUUCCCUUCCUUAACCAUUACAGUGCAGAAAAAUUCCCCACAAAAAGACAAAAAACCCCAAUAAAAGAGUGAUAACUUUAUCAGGGUACAAAAAAAAAGUGUUCUUGUGAUAAGUUCGAUCUACGCCUUCUCAUGAGUUCUCCAGGUCCUUGAGGAGUGCUGGCACACGCAAAAAAUCCUUGAACGUUGACGAGCUGCAGUGGAAAAGUUUUAUCCAUUAAGACGCGAUAACGCGAACGCGAUUGAGACACACAAAUGGCGGAAGCUGAAGAUGCUGUUUUCGAUAAGCUCAUGGCCAUGGUUGGGGACAGGGGCCCCUUCCAGAAGCGCUUCAACUAUCUCUUCAACGUGGGUCAGAUAAUAUUUGCUUCAAUGGCCUACAUGAACAUUAUUCUAGCCCUAAGUGUUCCCGAUCAUCAUUGCUACGUUCCAGGACGCGAAACCACAAACUACUCUCUGGAAGAGUGGAAAAGUAUCGUCUUGCCAAAGGACACCGACAACCGAGGCAUGGAGGUGUUCAGCUCAUGCAAGAUGUACAAUAUAACAGGUGUUGAUGUCCAGCAUCUUUGGCAAAAUACCACAAAGGCGGAAGAGGUGUUCAAUGAGACAAUUAGCUGUACCCAUGGCUACAUUUACGAUAAGCAGUGGUACGAAAGGACGGCGGUGACCCAGCAGGAUUGGGUCUGCGACAAGGACCUUUAUGUCACAAAUACAUUUGUGUUCAAUCGCGUUGGAGAAUGUUUCGGGACGUUUAUCUUUGGUCAACUCGGUGACACAAUUGGACGACGAAUUAUAUACUACAUGAGUAUGAUGCUAACCAUUUCGGGGCGUUUGCUGUCCAUUGUUACCUCGUCGUCCUUCCUCAUGUUCUCAAUUGCCUCAAUUCUUGGCAGCUGUGCCGCCAAUACGGCCUUCCAGUCGCCUCUAAUCAUCGCCAUGGAGACUUCUAAUGUUGAGGCUCGAGCACAUAUUGCCAUGAUGCAGUGUGUCGGAUGGACAGCUGGUCUGUGCAUAAUGCCGAUGGUGUUUUGGUGGGUUCGAGACUGGGUGUGGCUCAUUGCACUGACAACCCUACCGUAUGGGAUCUUUGCCCUUUUUCCCAAAUACAUGAUUGAAUCCCCGCGAUGGUUGGCCAAUCGUCGCCGGUACGGGGAUUGCGCUAAGCAGCUCAAUAGAAUUGCAAAAAUCAACGGGAAGGACGUGGAAAUCACGGAAAAGCUCCUCGUUCAGAUGCUCCCGGCCACAUCAGAGGAGACCGUGUACGGGCUGGCGUCGCUCUUUUCCAGUUGGCGUCUGGCUAAAAAUGCCUGCCUCCUGGUUAUAAGCUGGUCCAUUUGCUGCAUUGUCUACCUCUCAAUUAUUCUCAACAUCUCACGCAUGGGUGGCAAUCCCUUUGUCAAUUUCCUCUGGCAGAGUUUCAUUGAGCUCCCAGCAUCGGUGAUUGGGCAGAAGAUGGGCGAUAUCAUCGGCAGACGAUACACAAAUGUUGUUGGCUUUCUCCUUGCUGCCCUAGGGUGCAUCCCCGUAAUAUUCAUGGUGAAAAACACCGAACUCGACUUCUACGCCACGGCAUUCACGGUUUUUGUGAAAUUCGCCAUCACCAUCAACUUUUUUGCUGUUAAUUUGCAAUCGAUGGAAACAUAUCCGACGUGCCUCAGGCAAACUGGAAUCUCUAUAAGUGCAAUUAUUGCCAAUAGUCUCGGUGUUCUCGGGCCAUACAUCGUGUAUUUGGGAACAAACUUCGACGCACGGUAUCCUUUCAUCAUAAUGGGAUUAAUGUUGAUCUUUGGUGCGGCUGCAAGUCUCUUCCUCCCGGAAACUCUCUACGAGAAGCUCCCGGAGACGCUUCAGGAAGCACAGGAGUUUGGUGCUAAUCAACCCUUCUGGUUCUACCCCAGGGCACCACCAAAGGAUUCCCAACCCCAAAGUGAGGAAGAUGGAAAGGUAGAUGAUGUGACUGAAAAAUUAAAUCAACCUCAAUUCCAACCGUAAAAUAGCAAAGGUCAAUUCCUGUGGAAGAUUAGCUCGAAAUGUUCUUAGAUUUAAAUUCAACUGCUCGUUACCUUCUUUUUGUAUGAUUGCAAAUGUAAUAAAAAGACAUGAAAAUCAGA